AUGUGCUGCUACAUCUACCAGCUGCCUUCCUGGGUGCUGGACGACCUGUGCCGCAACAUGGACACCCUCAGCGAGUGGCAGUGGAUGCAGUUCGCCUCCUACGUGAUCACGGACCUGACGCAGCUGCGGAAGAUCAAGGCCAUGGAGCGGGUGCAGGGCGUCAGCAUCACGCGGGAGCUGCUGUGGUGGUGGGCCAUGCGGCAGGCGACCGUGCGGCAGCUCGUGGACCUGCUGCGCAGCCUGCAGCUCUACCGCGCCGCGCAGAUCGUCCUCAACUGGAAACCGGUUCAAGAACUCCACUCUCCUACUCCUUCUCUGGACACGGCGAAGCCAGGAGGGCCUUUGGCAGUGACAGUGGGCAACGCCUCGGAUAAACCGGAGCUGGGGCGGCCCCUGCAGCCAGCCUCCAGCCCGGGCCCAGGGUCCGCUCCAGCCCCAGACGCUCAGCAGUGCUCUCUCCUGUCUCUUUCUGAAGAAGACACCCCUCACUCCUUAACGAGCAACCUCCCUGCUUCCCCCAACGCAAAGGAUUUCUACACCUCUACUCAGGAGCCGGGGAAGCUGGGGAGCCUGGCCGGAGACAGCCUUCUCUGGAGGGAGGCAGACGUGGUCCAGGCGACCAAUGACUUCAACCCAGACCACAAGAUCAGUGAGGGCACCUUUGCUGCCGUCUACCGAGGGCAAAGGCAAGGCACCCCGUUCGUCUUCAAGAAGCUCAGCGAGGCAGCCUGCUCAAGCUCAGGGUCCGUUGGAAGAUUCUUCCAGAUGGAGGUGCAGGUUUGUCUCCGAUGCUGCCACCCCAACGUCUUACCUCUGUUCGGCUUCUGCACUGGAGCCCGGUUCCAGGGUUUGAUCCACCCGUACAUGGCAAACGGCUCCUUACAGGACAGACUCCAGGGCAGCCCAGGCUCUCUGCCGUGGCCCCAGCGCAUCAGCAUCUGCUCAGGGCUGCUGCGAGCGGUGCAGCACCUGCACGGCCAGGACAUCAUCCACAGCAAUGUCAAGAGCUCCAACGUGCUUCUGGACCACAACUGCACCCCCAAGUUGGCUCAUCCGAGAGCACCCCCAGGGCCAGUCAGCAGGAAGUCCAAGUACACCCUGAUGAAAACCCACCUCUUCCAGGCCUCCGCUGCUUACCUGCCGGAAGAUUUCAUCCGGGUGGGGCAGCUGACGAAACGAGUGGACAUUUUCAGCUGUGGAAUCGUCUUAGCUGAGGUCCUCACUGGCAUCCCUGCGAUGGACAACAGCCGAAGCCCGGUUUACCUGAAAGAUUUGCUCCUCAGUGAGAUCCCAGGUAGCUCCACGUCUCUCUGCUCCAAGAAGGUGGGUGUGGAGAGGGUGAUGGCGAGAGGGAUCUGCAGCAAGUACCUGGAGCAGCACGCAGGGUGGCUCCCCGAGGAUUGCGCCGAGGCCCUGGCCACUGCCGCCUGCCUCUGCCUGCGGAGACGCAACGCCAGCCUGGCCGAGGUGUGUGGCCCUGUGGACGCCGUGGAGGAGCGGCUCCGUGGCACGGGCACGUCGCCCCUGGGCGGCAGGUUUUCCGAGGCCACAGGCACCCCCUCUAAUACCCCAGAAGAAACGGACGACGUAGACAACUCCAGCCUGGAGCCCGCCGGGAGGGGGCCUGCCUCAUCGCCUCUCCCUGCCCAGGAUGGAGAAGGAGGGCCAGGGGCCAGCCGGGAAGUGGAGGACGCCGCCUCCUCUGAGACCUGUGCCAGUCCGGCGCCCCUCCAGGAUGGCUCAGACGCUUCGCUGAAAAUCGAGAUCAAUGAGGCCAAGCGGAAGCUGAUGGAGGACAUCCUGCUCUACAGAGAGGAGAAACUGGACAGCAUCGAGCUCUUCGGCCCCUGAUGACCUGGUCUGAGCUGACGACCCUCGUCCUUAUGUUGGAGACCAACCCAAAAGACCAAACUCACCAUCACUGAGUUGACCCCAGAGGAC